UGAUAUGGUAUGAUAUGGUAUGGUUGAAGCUUUAUGGUGUGGUAUGAAGUGUUUUUGCUAUGAUUGGUAUAUGGUGUAGAAUGUUAAAUAUCUGACGUGUUUGAUUUCCAGUUCUUAUGUAAGUGUAUUGUAGAUAGGCCUAUUGGGACAGACCGUUUUUUAAUGUGUAUGAAUAGAAACUUCAGCAAUAUAUACCAAGAUAUUAGUCUGGUUGAAAACAGAAAACAUCCACAGAAUCCUGCGUCACUUCAGCUCUCUCCUCCAAAGCAAACUCAUGUUUCUGUCUGCAUUAUCAUAAUGCACUUUGAGCAGCUGCCAUCCACCUCACUGUUUCUCCGGGGCUGGAGAUGCUGCAUUCAUUCCAAAAGGACAUUUGCCACUGCAAUGUAAAUGGAAAUUAGCUCAAAAAAGCUUCACCAAGACGGAGGUUUCUGCAGCCUUCCAAAUGCCCACCGAAAAUGCAAGCGAUCUGGAGAGGUGCUGCUCUCUGGCUCCUGGGCUCCCAGAUAAGAUGCUGGUUAUGAAGUGGUCUGAGAAAAGUUUCAAAGUUCCUCGACCUUCCAGCACUCGCAGAUUCAUGAGGCAGCACUAUUGAUUUAAACAGGUGUAAAGGCUUCUUCACCUGCUCAGGGUAUUUAUUAAUGUCAGGGGGCAACGGGGUUAUUGCACAAGACAGUGUCACUGAUGCCACAGGACACGUUUUUGCCAGGGGAUCCAGACAAUAUUAAUUUUGCUUUCACCUUAUAUUGUGGGGAAGGAGCAGCGGCCGGGUCCGCAGCACACUUCUGGGAGACGGCUGCCAAAACUGAAGUGCCCAGACAGAGGUUAAUAACAUUUUAUUCUUGGGUAUAUCUGUGAAGUGCUUGAACCGACAGCAGAGUCAUAUUUGACUCACUUUCUAACGUAAUAUAUUCAGGAUGAGUCCUCGUGCUUUAGAAAUACAACGGUACUGUUCUUUCACUGGCUCAGCAAGUUAAUUAAAGUAUGUAGGUUAGCGCUAAUACAUGUUAGCAUUGGUCAAUUUUCCAAAGAUUUGACAAAUAAUUAAAAUGUGUUCGUUUUUUCCAUUGUACCAAAAGACAUUUUUAGGUGAUAAACAUAACUUUGUUGACUAAGUAGUGAAAUGAAUUCAGUAGGUCAUUAGGUCUUUGUCCUGGAACUUUGAGUAGGACAACUAGUUCUACUGUACCGGUCUGCCUGAUGUCCAGAACUACACUAGUGUAAAUGUUGUCCAGGAGACCAGGACAAUUGGACAAUGUCAACCCAGACUAUCGAGCUGCUCAGGUCCUUCUAACUUGUAUCUAUCCAUCAUCCAUCCAUCCAUCCAUCCAUCCAUCCAUCCAUCUUCAAAGUUAAAUUAAAGAAAUAGCAAAGCAACGGUCAAUAAACCCAUGAACAUUUUCAGUUCGUCCUUCUUCCUCUUGAAGUACUUAUUAAAAAAACAUACAAACUUUGUGUGCGUACUUGUGGGGACACUUUGUUCUUGUGGGGACAUUUUGCUGGUCCCCACCGAGUGACGAGGGUUAGGGUUAUUGUGGUGAGACCAGAGUUAGGAGACGAGUUAAAACUGGUGGAUAUGGGACUAGGAACAGCAUGACCUCUGAAUGAAGGGCUCACAACAGACAAAAACCUGUGUGUGUGUGUGUGUGACUGGUAAUGUAGUCAUAGGUCACACUUAUCCCAAUCCCUUUUGUGAAUGGCUGAUUAACGCCGAGUCGGUGGCUUAAGUUAAAGCAGAGCAGCAACACAGAGGCUGUGGAGCAGAGACGAGAGGAGACGGCAUGGCUCAGAUAAAGAACAUCCAGUUCUCCUUCAGGGAGUACACACCUUCUGAUAAGUAUGUCAUCCUGUCACUCUUCCGUGAUGGAAUCAUUGAACAUGUAUACCCGUCCUUCUUCAAGACCAUGUCUCACCCAGACCACAUCGGCAUCGCUCUGAGUAUCUCCAUGGCCGGUUACGUCUUAGGAGGAAGCUCCUUCUUCCAGGCUCUCCUCUUUGGCAGUGCAUGGGCUGGCCUCCUUUAUUACUGCUGCCGUGAAAUCUAUGAAGGCUAUAUGACGAGGCGGUUGAGCUCAGAUAUGGCCAACAUUCAAGCCAAUUAUCUGGAAAACUCCGAUAAUGGCUUCUGGGUGGCCGAGGCAGAUGUAGGAGGCAAGGCCAAGGUGGUGGGGAUUCUGGCAGUGAUGGGGAAGAAAGAAGAGGAGGAAAGUGAGAGGUUUGACAACAUGAAUGGAGGAGUAACACCAGGAGGCGCCGAAAUCUUCCAAGAUGCUGAAGGCAGCGUUUACGGCGAGAUGUCUCUCAUGGUGGUGGUUUUUCCUUGGCGCAAGAAAAACCUGGGCUCCCUGCUGAUGCAGAAGGCUCUGGACUUCUGCAAGGAGCAAGGCUACGGCCGCCUCGUCCUGGAAGUCAGCUCACCGCAGACGGCAGCCAUUUCUCUGUGCAAAAAGUUCGGCUUUGUUCAGAUCGCAUCCCAUAGUAACACGCACACCAAUCGCUGGGUCUCUAAACUGGCCAGAAUAAACGUGUUGAAGAUGGAGAAGAUCAUUUAAAGAGAGAAGGACUUACACCAGCAGAACGUCCACUCUACAGCACGAUUCUGUUCAUGCUGCAUGUUUUAUUCAGUGUUGUCUUUUUGAACAACCUCUAGUCACAGGUCGCUUCUCCAGUUUGCUGUCAUUGCUGAUCAGAAGAUAUAAGUGCAUUAAAGUUCAUGUUUUUCCACAAAGUACCUGGAAUGAUCACAGUUUCCUUGUAUUUUUCUCUUGCCUUGAUGUAUUAUGGAUACACCUGCACCAGACGUUCGAUGGCGGUGUUUCCCUGGCACAUUUGUUUCAUUAGAAAAACCCCGGCUCACCACCAAAAUAAAUCUCAAAAUAUAUGUAUGUAUAUAUAAUAAUAAUCUUCUUUUAAUUUACUCUCUAAAAUCUUGGCCUGUUUAGUUGAAG